ACUCCAUACACCAGGGUUUUGUUAGUCUUACUCUAAACGUCUACGGGAACGUAUCUCGAACUAUGCCCACAGAAUGGAUUACCGUUAACGAAGCAGCUAGCGAUCUUAAUGUUUAAAUCUCGCUCUCAUGAAUUGGAAGCGUAAAUGAAACGUAAAAAAAAGACGCGCGUGACUUCCUCCCAAAAAAUAAAUAAUAAAAAGUGCAUUCUAUGAAAAACGACAGAAAGAAAGAAAAAUAAAUUAAAAAAUAUAUGAAAAACGCAAAAAAAAUUAAAUAACCCAAAUUCUUGAUGCAUUUAAAUUGUUGAGUGUUUGUGUGUGUCGUCUAUCUGUGUUCCCAAAGUGCAUUUCACUGGCAAUUGCAACGGCUACAAUAACAACUGCAACAAUAUUUGCCGCAUACCCCCAAUGUGAAAUGUUAUUAUGCUAACCCAUGGGGACCGUAUUAUAAUACGGCAAUUGUGGAUAUACGUUUUACGUGCUCAUAAAACCAAACGUUACAACUUUAUAAGCGUUAAAAGGUGUUCAAAUUACCAAUGCAACAGCAACAACUACAAUAAUAGUGGAUGUGUCAUUUUAACAACAACAAAAACACCAACAACCUUUUUACACCACAAUUUCAUUGUAAUCUUAGUCAUUGUCGUUGUACAACAACCAUUUUGCCAUAAAAUGUUAAAUCGUAAAGGUUCAUAUACCCUAACAUGUGCAAAACUGUCACAGACUUCAUCGCCAGCAGCUGCCGCAACAAUGUUGUCAACAAUUGAAUCCGCAUCCUGUUUAUCAUUUAUAGCCACCACAAAUAUGGAGGAAACAUCUUCACCGCCACCGGCAUGUUCUCCAUCGCCAUCCUCUACAUUAUCCUCAGCGUGUCAGUCGCCAUCCCCAGCCUCAACAUCACCACCCUCAUCGUUGGCGACAUCACGUAGAGCCAGCUCCCUGGCCAUGACAAAAAAACGCACAGCUCUUUUGGCCAAAUCAGCCUCGGCUGCAUCGGCCAUGCAACGACGUCAAAGAUUUCCUCGUACCGCAACAACAAAUGAUGGUGUCAGUGUAAUCGGUGUUCGCAAUGGAUUCCUCACAAAUUUGUCUCAACAAAUGCGUGCCGUUUCCAGUCCAUCUCUCACCGAUAUGGGAGAUCAUUGCCAAAGAGUACCAUCGAGCAGUUCAUCGUAUACGAAUAAUGCCACCACCCAAACAGCUAGUCAAGAAGAUUGUUGUCGGGCGAAUACGACAAAUAAUGUUGCAACAUCCGCGCCGGUGGUGGCCACCCAGAAUGUUGGAGUUUUACAGAAAUUCAAACGUACAUUAACCAACUUCAAUAAGCAUCAACAUCAGCAGCAGCAGCAGUCCAAUCAAGAGGCAACACACGGCGGAACUUCAGCGGCAGCGUCAUCUUCCUCCCAAGUCCCAAGUGGCGGCGACAACAAUUGUUGCAAUACAACAACAGCAACAAUGACAACAACAACAUCUGCCAGUGGCACAUUUCUAAUGCCCGAUACUGAAAUGUCAACGGAUGUCACCGAUUCGACGAGUAAUAAAUACAGAUUUGGUCCUUUGGUAUGGCGUUCGUCGAAGGAGCGACGCAAGACGAAAUAUAAUCGCCGUGAUAAAUGUAACAGCGGUGAUUCUGGCAUACAAAUUGAACUGGAAAAUGAUGAGCAAUUUGCCCGAGCCUUAGCGGCCAAUGGUGGCAGUGGCGGCUGUUUGAUGAUGAAUGGUUCACUGAAUACGAGUAAUGGCGUUACAUUAAUGUCAAAUGGACGUAAAUCAGAGGGAUUGAAUUCCCUCCGAUUUCGACAAGUACGCCGCACAAAUUCCGCCAAAGUAACUUCAAUGACCGAUCAAAGUGUAUCCGAGGUUCUGAACAAAGCCAAAAUGCUAAAACGCAUGGACAUCAAUGGUGAACGGGAGGCACCCGAAUCGUUGCCCACCAGGUCGUUGAGUCAACCCAAUGGCCUAGAGUCAUGUGGCAUGACACGUAAUGAUUUAGAUGACAGCGACAGUGAUAGUGUUACCUCACACGAAGAAGCCCCCUCCUGCUACUAUCCCAUCUACGCUGAAGUUCUGUACAAUUUCACCGCUGCCGGACCGCAAGAGUUGGGCUUGGAAAAGGGUACCUUAAUUGAGAUUUUGCGCAAAGAAAUCGGCCCCUGGUGGUUUGGACGCAUUAAAAAAGAGGAUGCCAGUUUAGUGGAGGAAAUUCUCGAUCCGGAAUUGGGCUGGUUUCCCAAAGAGUUUGUACGCGUUAUACACUCACCGGAAACAGAUGCAUUCUUCUUGCGUCAUCUAGCCGACGAGGAACAACGGCACAAAGACCAGCACAUUAACCACAUGCAAAUUAAUGAACAUUCAUCGUCCACCAUAGUGCAGCAGACUACCACCACAUCAUCCUCGAUAGUGGCGGCAACAUCUGGGGGCGUUGAUAAUCAAAUGUUGUUGAAUACAUCAUCGAGUGCUCCGUGUACACCCGUUAAUACCAGUUCAGAGGAUAAUUGUAAUACCACAAUUAUCGAUAAGCACAAUGUCACAACCAUUGUUAUUGAAACAUCAUCGCCGCCAUCCACAGCAUUGUUGUUGGAGCAGCAAAGCAGCGAAAGGACAAUGGAUCAGGAUGAACAGCAGCAGCAGCAACGUGAUGCAACAUCAACCACAACCACCACCCUAACAGCCAAUGGCCAAACGGUGUUAUCAACCUCACAAAGCCUUAAUGUCAUAAUGGGUAGUACUGAAAUAUUACGUCGUAGUGCUGUCAAGGAAUUAUUGGAUACCGAAGUUAAUUAUGUUAAGCUGCUGCAAGCUAUCUGCGAGGGUUAUCUGCCCGCCAUGAGCAAACGCAUUGAUAUCUUCUCACCAAACAGCAUACGCUUGAUUUUCUCCAACAUAACAGCUAUAUAUAAGUUUCAAAGGCGAUUUUUGGAGGCCUUGCGCAAGGGUAUUGAACAAAAUCAAGUUGGCAAGAUAUUUUUGAAAAUGCACAAAGGAUUUUUAUGUUAUUCAACAUAUUGCAACUCAUAUCCCAGGGCCUUGAUUGAAUUGGAAUCGUAUGAAAGGGUUAAGGAUGCUCGCACCAUAUUAGAUAAUUGUCGCGAAUCAGAAAACCUGGCCGAAUUACCCUUAUCCGCCCACUUGUUGGCCCCGGUGCAACGUAUCUGCCGCUAUCCCCUGCAUUUGGCUGAAAUAAUGAAAACAUCCGCCAAAGGUUCAGAACCCACACCAUUUAGCCUACAGGAAUUCGAACAAAUCGAUGUUAGCCAAUUGGAUAUACCCGAUACCACAGAGACCAUUGACAUGGCCCUGGAGGCAAUGAAAUCCAUAACCGAAGCUGUGAACGAAGGCAAACGCCACAGUGAAACCAUUGCCCGUCAUCAGGCGAGUUUUCAAAAUUUCAAAGGUCCUCCCUUGCAUUUGCACAGCACCCGAUUCUUUGUACAAAUCGAUGCAACACGCCAAAAACAAAAUCUCUGGAACAGUAGCUGUACAUUGUUUCUGUUCGACAAUCAGCUGGUCUACUGUAAAAGGGAUAUUAUUAAACGUUCCAAUUUCAUUUACAAGGGACGUAUUUUCCUCGAUCGUUGUCGUGUGGUCAAUGUAAGGGAUGGUAAAAUGUUCGGCCACACCAUUAAAAAUUCGUUGCGCAUUUAUUGUGAAUCCAGGGGGAAAUGGUUUGAUUUCAGCUUCCGUUCGGCCAAUCGUAAACAUAGAUUUUUAAAUACCCUGGCUUUGGAAAGACAAUUCAGUGGCAAGUCUUUAUACAUUUCGGAAAUGAUGAAUUUCGAUUAUGCCUUUGAGGAAAGAGAUUGUUCCGAUGAUCAAUCCGACUAUGAGGGAGCCGAAAAUGAACAACAAAAACUCAAAGAGUUUCUUUAUGAGGCUAACUUGAAUAAUGGCAACAACACCAAUACAUCGGGCGAAAGUUCAGUACCCGAAUCACCGGCCAAAUCUUUUAAAUACAGUGAUACCUUACCCAAAAAGUCUUCACAUCGUUUGGAGUCGACAGCAAAUAAUGAAACACAGACGGGAUCGCUGGGUAGGCGGCGUCUUGGCAAUUGGUUUCGCAAACCCAAAAGUACCGCCUCAACACCAAAUCAAUCGCCUACCCACAAAUCUCAUCCCCCAGCGGCACAUUCCACCGGUGAUUUACAGCUGAGCGGCACCAGUGAUAUCAAUGAAUCGUAUACAGUUCUCGAACAUGCAGACAAUGGAGGUGUGAGUUCUUAAAGGAAAGAGUGGAAAAUUCGCAAAAGUAUAAGGAGAGGAAUAAAAAAAAAACAAUAACCUUAAAAAUCCCUGAAUCUCAAGACUAUAAAUUUAAAAAGAAGAAUAUGUUUUCUUUUAAGUUUAAUAUUUUUCGAACAAAAUAUUUUAUGAAAAAAUAACACUCGAAAUUGUUAAGUUUUAAUUUUUAUUUGCUAAUGAUAGAACAAUGAAAUGGAAAACGAAAUGGGUGGGAAAUAUGAAAAUAGUUGGUUGAAUUUGAUUUCCCACAACCCACUUUUUAAUUUUAU